AUGUUUGCUACGCUGCAGGAAACAAGCAUCAGAGAUCGGCCUGUCAUCAGCAUGGAAAAUUACAUCAUAUACUGCUACGAUGCUGAUGAAAGAAAAGUCGUUGUCGGAAUCGACGCAACUGCGAAAAUAGGACUGGAACAACAAUCCUAUGUGCCACGAAUAUGGCAUUAUCCAGCGGAGCGCACGUCGUGUAACGGUGACCAUGUGGUCGACUUUUGUGAACAGACGAGUCUCAUCAUCGCUUCCACGUUCAAGAGGAAUCACCGAUUGCAUCAACUCAUGCGGCAGGGGUCAUUCUUUUUAACGCCUGAAGGGCAGCGAGAAGAUGAGGACUAUCAAACUUCAGCUCGACUGAAUUCUGACGAGGAACAUUCCUCAGUCGAACAUCCAAAAUACAGAGCUGUUUGGGACAUUGUCUUCGACUCUCACCACCGUCUGGUUCUUCUCAGCUUCAAGACAUACAUGCGAUAG